CCUUUCAAAAUACAUGUUUCUAUUUAAACCACUUAGUUAUUGUUUGAUUGGAGCUCUUAAAACAAGGACUCCGUGUUAUACCCUGCUGUGCCCUACCUAGAUCUGAGAGGAACGAUCAUACAGAGCAUGAUUCCACAUCGACACCUCACACAUGAGAAACAUGACGAGACACUGGUAACAAUCACCCACGAGUGCGAAGAUUAUGAAAGGUGUGAGAGCAUGGAGCUUGAUUACAAAAUCCGGGAUCUGAUAGCAGGUGGCCCAGAGACCACAGCCAGCCACAGAAAUGUCCAUUCUCCAAAGACUCUCAGAAAAACAGCUUCCUUGUCUUCCCAGGACAUGUCUGGACUGAGUGCGGCUGGAGCUUGCAUGGAGCACACAGAGUGUGCUCCACCAAGAGGAAACGACUUGACAAAUUCUCUUGAACGAAAGAUAAAACACUUGGAAAAACAGAGACAAGAGCUCCUGGAUGUCAAUCAACAAUGGGACCAGCAAUUCCGAAAUAUGAAAGAGUUAUAUGAAAGAAAGGUCCUGGAGCUGAAAACUAAACUGGCGGCCACAGAAAACACUCACACCCUAGUGAAGGAACAGAAGCAGAGUGUGACAGAGGGCGACAGGCAGCUCGAGAAGGAAAAGGACAGCCUAAGGAAAGAAUUACAGGCACUGAAGAAGGAGAAUAAGCUGUUGAAAGAAAACAACGCUCUGGCCAACAGGAAGAAAGAGCAUUAUGCCUGUGAAAUUAAACGCCUCAAUAAGGUUCUUCAAGAUGCCUUGACCAUUGGCUGCUCUCCGCUUUCUGAGGACUCAGGGAAGUGUAAAGGCAGGUGCAGCCAUGCAGAGAUGAGAACAGAGGUGGAAUGGCACAAGCAGCAGCCAGCCUAUCAGUGGAAUGCUCUCAGCCAGCUUCCUCCACGUGUACAGCACAAGGCACAUGGUUUCUCCUCAGAAAGGAAAACCGACCUGUAGCAUUAUGUUAGCAGAGAAGAGCAGAGGGCCGUGAGCUCUCAGCUGUGACCGCUUUGCUGCUUCAGGACAGCUGUGAACGUUCUCCUUCGAGAUCUGCUCCCAGUUACCUUCUCUGUGGCCCUCCUAGGGGAAACCUCAUAGUGGUUCCAGUCAGGACCACUGGGACCCAGUAGAACUCUACAGACAAGUCGAGCUUCUCUUCUCAAAUGACACAGGACAUGAUGACAUGCUCCUCCUCACAGCUCUCCUCAACUAACUACUGAUGGCUUUGCAAAGAUGCCUCCAGGAUUGAGAUGACUCCAGCUCUGGUGCUGGAGAAUGUACAGUUCUUAAGCCAGGCACAGUGGUGCAUCUUAUAAUUCCAUGAGAAAUUGCUGCAGGAAGAUUGUAACGAUUUCAAGGCCAGCCUGGGUUGCAACACAAACACCACAUAAGCCAAUUAUGCAUCUCAAAAAAUUAGUAAUACACCGUGUAGUCCCUGGAAGAAAACUUUUUUCUAUAAUGGCUAAGUUAAUUCUUCAGUGGUUUGACAGUUGGACUAGGUGAUAAGUUCAUUAUUAUUGAACUGAAACUACAUGAAUUUUAAUAGACAAUCAAAAGACCUACAGACUCCCCUGACUAAAAAGAGUGAGUCAAACUAAAUAAAAUGACAAACAUGAAAUUGCCCUUCCAGUGGAUCAUUUUUAUGCUCGUCAGAAGUUAUGAGCCUCUUUCAUCUUUUGGUAACAUGCAUUAUGAAAAGGAACUGUCCUGACAGGAUGGUGACGGCCACCUUCUGUCUAUAUGUAGUCAGCCAGAAUUGCCAAAAACAGCCUUUGAGGUUCUGUCUUUUUGCCAGCCUGUGAAUUUGAGCAAUGGUUGAAGAAAUUUGACUAUGACCUUUUGAACUUAUUAACCUAAAAAUAACACAUAUAUACAUUUUAUUGCAGUUGAAUUGCAAAGUGACCUAACAGAUUUCUUAAAAAGCCAGCAGUUUUAAAAGCAUUAAGUUCAUCUUCUGUAAGAUUUUGCUCAUGUCAGCUUGAGUUUCUGUUUGUAAGGAUGAAUGUUCCUGACAAGAGUGUGAGAACUGCACAUAUCUAACACUUCUAGAUGAACCUAAAUAGAACCAAUAACAUCCAGCAAACAUGUGCAAAGAAAACUACCGGAUCUAUCUAUCUUCGCUUCCAUAAUUAUGCAGCUUGUCUAACUCAAACUAUUUUUGUUUUAAUUUGUGGGUACACACUGCAUAAUGAGAAGGUAAAAAAGUCCCAGGAAACUGAGCAUUUCCCCUUCGGUCUUUAUCUAUGGUGUAACUUAACCCUUAAGAGAAGCAGAAUGGACAAGCCUCUUCCGGUCAGAAAAGCACCGGGGUAGCUAGGGCACAG